GACUAACAAGGAAUCAGAAUGCACUUAAUCCCCCCUGUACAUCAAAUAUUGACCACAUUUAUUUUAACAUGCAUGCUCUUUCUCAUUUUAACUUUGGUUUUAUGCAAAUGAGACUUACUCAUCCACAUGCUUUUAAACCAUAAUAACACCGCUGUGUGCACAAAGAUUAAUGUCUUUUGGAUCAGUGUCUAUUAACUAAUGAAGUAACAUCUGCUCAUCGCUAUUAACCAGUUCUUCCCUACUGAUGGGAAUUCAUUUUGAAUGUGUGGUUAGCAUAUUUUAUGUGUGCCUACGAUGCACACAUAAUGUGAAAGUUCAUUUCUAAAGGAAAUGAAAUGUUCCAUAUUUAGAUGCCCUUAUCAAAGCUUUCAGAGCUUGUUGUUAAAGAAUGAUUUUUAUUUCACAUUGCCAGACCAAAGAUAAAAAAGGUGAACAUGAAACUUAAAACAUUCAACAAUUUAGACACUUUAAUAGUAUUUCAGAUGUGGAAGCUUUGAUAGUUUAUUUUUCACCCCUGAAUAUUAUUUAAGGAUUUAUUUAACCUCUGCCACUGGUUUGCAUAUCACCAAAACAUGUUCAUUUCCAUUUUUAUUUCAGAUUAUGUUAUAUUAUUUGGUAUUCAGUGUGUAAAUGGAUUAUCGAGGGUGGUGGUUCAUCCCCACUCCCCGUCCUAUCUUCCUUUCUCUCUCCUGCUUUCACUCUCUCUUUUCUUUCCACCAUCUCUUAUACCUGACUAUAGCAGUCUUGUUUUCUUUUUUUCUUCAUUUUUAUCCUUUCUGUUACAUGAUUUACUCUGUUAUUAUUGCUAAUGACGGUGCCUGCCCGUUCUCCCUCCUGGAAGCCCUCCGAAUUCAACGACUUCCUGGGUCAGACCUUCUGCACUCUGGGUGAGAUAGUGGGGUCUCCAGCCAGUCGACUGGAAAAGCCUCUGGGGGGCAUUCCAGGGAAAAAAUGUGGCACUAUCAUUUUAACAGCAGAAGAACUGGGGAACUGCAGGGACUGUGCCACUAUGCAAUUCUGUGCCAAUAAGCUGGACAAGAAAGACUUCUUUGGUCGCUCAGAUCCUUUCAUGGUGUUCUACCGGAGUAAUGAGGACGGAACAUUUACUAUCUGCCAUAAGACUGAGGUGAUGAAAAACACACUCAACCCUGUGUGGAAACCUUUCAGCAUCCCUGUGAGAGCCCUCUGCAAUGGAGACUAUGAUAGGUCAAUUAAGGUGGAAAUAUAUGAUUGGGACAGGGAUGGCAGCCACGAUUUUAUUGGAGAAUUUACCACUAGCUACCGGGAACUGUCACGGGGCCAGAGUCAGUUCAAUGUUUAUGAGGUGGUGAAUGCCAAAAAGAAAACAAAGAAGAGAAGAUACAUCAACUCUGGAACAGUGACGUUGCUUUCAUUCUCUGUUGAGGCGGAGCAUACUUUUCUAGAUUACAUCAAAGCAGGCACUCAGAUCCAUUUCACCGUGGCUAUUGAUUUCACUGCUUCCAAUGGAAACCCAUCUCAGUCCACAUCUCUCCAUUAUAUGAACCCGUACCAGAUGAACGCCUAUGCUAUGGCACUAAAGGCUGUCGGGGAGAUCAUCCAGGAUUAUGACAGUGAUAAGAUGUUCCCUGCGCUGGGCUUUGGUGCCAAACUACCCCCUGAUGGCAGAGUGUCUCACGAGUUCCCCCUGAAUGGUAACAUAGAUAACCCAUACUGUAAUGGUAUGGAGGGGAUUCUAGAGGCGUACCACGAGAGUCUCAAGACGGUUCAGCUUUAUGGACCGACUAACUUCUCCCCAGUCAUCAAUCACGUAGCGAGAUAUGCGGCAGUAGUGGAAGACGGCUCACAGUACUUUGUGCUCCUCAUAAUCACAGAUGGAGUUAUAUCAGACAUGGCUCAGACCAAAGAAGCCAUUGUCAAAGCUGCUAAACUCCCAAUGUCCAUUAUAAUUGUUGGAGUCGGCCAGGCUGAGUUUGAUGCCAUGGUUGAGUUGGAUGGUGACGACAUCAGAAUAUCUUCAAGAGGGAAGCUGGCAGAAAGAGACAUUGUUCAGUUUGUGCCAUUCCGGGACUACAUGGACCGGACAGGGAACCAUGUCCUCAGCAUGGCGCGGCUAGCCAAAGAUGUCCUAGCGGAGAUCCCUGAUCAGUUAAUCUCUUACAUGAAAUCAAAAGGCAUCAAACCCAACCAGACUCCACCAGACUGUAGUCCUGCUGUGCUUAGCCCAACCUCCAAUAUCUGAGUUUACACAGUCCCAGUUCAGACAAGACAAAACAGGCCUUACCUCCAGGCUUCCCUCUUCAUAUCUGGAUCUUUUCACAACCUAACAGGCAUUCUCUCUACAAGUGGACAUACUAUACAGCACAAAUAAUCAAGUAUUGGCCACAGGGUAAGACUCACACUCCAUACCGUGUCUGAACAACGACCAGCGACUCUUUUAGUGUUUAUAUGCUCUUUGUGUGGCAAGAACCCUUUGAUUCUUUAUGAAAAAAUAUCUCAAUACUUGGACAGGACCUGGAUAUUCUUUCAAGCGUAGUUAACGUUCUCAUUUUGGAGUUUGUUCAGUGUGUGUUGUACAUACUGUAAUCUGAGACUUAUAGACUUCUAUUUAGGAGUCUGUACUGUAUAUCGUAAAUAAGAGAUGCUCUCCAGAGGCAAUUGCUGCGUUUCUUCAUUUGUUUUCUGCUUGCGCGGCACAGCCGCAUCAGGAAAGGUUUAUACAGUACAGUAAGUGUACAAUAGUUUUAGGACAGAGUCAUAUUCCAAUGUGUGGCAGCCACCUUUGUAAAUAUAUGAUAAAAAGAGAAUAAUUUAGGCAACUACUAGUGGUUACAGUAAGAUAUCAGUUAAUUUUAACUACACAAUGCCCUUGAAAGGAUUGCAAUAUAGUAGAUUGUACACAUUGUGUUCAUUUUAAGAUAUGGUGUUUAAGGAAUGGUGUUUUUAAGAUUUGGAGAAUUAUUUGGAGAGUAACAUUUUUGAAGGUGGCUCUCAGUGCAGACUUACUGUAGGUUACAGUUUUGAGAAAUUAUGGAAAUAUAUUCAGGUAUCAAAAGUUCAUUUAACAAAACAUAUAAACCCAAGUGCAUGAAAAGCACAAGUGUUUUCUUAACGCUUGAAAAUUUCUAAAGCAACAUAAAUAUAUAACGUUAUAUAUCACAGAAUUUGCUUCAAGAGGCACACUUGUAGAUCAGACUUACUAAAAUCUUGCAGGUUCUUGAUAUCUUUGGUCAUUUUUUUCAUCUAAAAUUACACAAAGGCUCAUGCUGAACUCACUAGGCAAAACUGUAAUCAUUGUUAAUAUUCUUAUUUCUAGUUUUUGACAGUUAAAUCUAGAUGAGUGUUAAGUUAGAAUAGGUGCUUCCUGGGAGACUUACGGUGCAUCAACACUCUCGAUGAACAGCAGGGCUUAAUCGCAUUCACUGCCGCAUUCUGAUAUACACAUCUCCAACAAUGCUGGAGUUUUACCUGCGAUUUUUAUGCAUUUUUCUAUUAAAUUCUUCAGUGAUAGCUGUGCAAUAGAUUAUGAAAAGGCUAAACUCAAACUAUUAGUGAACAUAAAUUGUGAUCAUUUAAUUAGUUGCAUGGAAUUUUCCAAUUCCAUUCAACACUGGUUUCAUAUGAUUUAGAGUGACCUUCAAUUAGUCCAUUAAAUCAAAGGUCUGCUUGAUAGAGUGACCUGUGCUCUUGAAAUCCUGAUCCUGGUUGAUUCUUUCCCCGUCCCUAUGUGAUGAUCUUUAUUGAUGUGUUAAUAUAAAUUGGGUGCAAUAACUCAUGUCUCAUAAAUGUUUAAUAAGGAUAUGCAUGUUAAAUAGCCUUAUGUUAUUACUAUCUGCAAAUAGCCUAGUCCUGAAAAUGGUCUGGUAAACCUCAGAAAGUGUGUUUGAUCAGAGUGGUAGGUUUACUUUAGAGGGUACCUUUUUCAACAACCAAUUUUGUAUUGGUUCAGUCACAAUAAGCAUGUAUAGUAUUCUGACUUAUCUGGCCAAUUGAUAUUAUAAACAGUCAUGCACAUUAUUUUGGUAAACGUUUACAAUGGAAAGGCAUGAAUGAUUUGUUAGUCAUUCCAAUGCAUUUGCUCAUUUUGGCUGUUUCAGAUUUAGUCCACUUGUAAUCUUUUUAUUUUUUGGUCAGAUUUGUUGUAUAAUAAUUUGCCUUUAAUGAUUUCUUACAAUGAUUUGUGUACAUUUUUGUUGUAUAAACUCACAAGUCAAGUGAUACCCGAUUCAGUUCAUAAUGAAGAGGAGCAAACAAUUCUUUCAGCACUAGAUACUGACUUUCACUGACUUUUUCAAACAACGAACAUCUGCUUGAGGAGAUAAUGACUGAAACAUUAUACAAGACAUGUAGACACAAAUCAGUACCAGACUGUUUUUCUUUGACAUGAUGCCACCCAUCAAGUGCCAGUGCUUACUAUAUGAGAUGUGCAUGCUGGGACUAAAACAGUCUGACGGGUUUUGUGUAACCUGCUUCCUCCUUCUCGUAUCUCAGCACUACAGUGAGAGGUCAUCCAUUGCAGCUUUUCAGCAUGAAACAACUCAUUGUUUUUGGCUUAAUUAUAAUUUUUUGUGCUUUUCCCCUCUCUUUUCCACCUCUCUAGGUUUCAGUAAAUAUGCA